CAGAAAUCAAAAUUGUUAUCCAGUGUCGACGAAACAGAUUCGGAAGCAUCGCCGGACAAAAUCUCAGUGACGGGACGGGAACGGUCCACCUGCCACCCGCUUCGGCGGUGCUUGCCCGUUCCGGCCAAACUCGAUUGCGUGCGUGCAGGUUCAUGUCUAGAAUACGGGAUACUUUGGGGUCAUAGCGGUGUCAUUGGCACGGAGGCUAUGAAGUCAAUUCUUCGCUUCAAGGUAGGCGCGUGGUUUUGAAGACGACGGCGAUCUCCGCUCUGCAACUUCAACCUCCAGAAUUGCGAUCUCGCCACCUUGUCCCGGGAAAUCGAGCUUUCAAGACGUGUUGAGGUCAUUCUACAUUGGGCGGGCCUGCAUUUUCGUUCUCAUUUUUAUCUGUACCACCGCAUGGUGAAUUGAGUGCUUGUACUCGUACGCACCAGAAUCCAGAUCAAUCGGUGCAUUAGAUACAAGUUGUACAACCGUUGAGGGCAAUCCACCAUGCCACCUGUGAAACACGACCGCCAAUAUGAUGUUGUCGUCUUUGGGGCAACCGGCUACACCGGGAAAUAUACCGCCCAGUACAUCACCACCCACCUGUCAACCGAUCUGAGGUGGGCAGUAGCGGGGCGCUCACAAGAGAAGUUAGAGGAUGUGGUCGCCGGAUGCCAGAAGCUGAACCCGGACCGUCGGCAGCCGGGAAUUGAAAUCUGCGGUCUGACCGACAGCGACCUCGCCCGCCUCGCCAAGAAAACCUUCAUCUUCAUCACCACCGUCGGGCCCUACGGCAAGCUAGGCGAGCACGCCUUCAAAGCCUGCGCCGAGAAUGGCACGCACUACCUGGAUGUGACUGGCGAGGUGCCCUUCGUGGCCAAGAUGCUCAAGAAGUACGAGGCCGCCGCCAAAGCCAGUGGUGCCAUCAUGUUUCCGCAGAUCGGUAUCGAGUCGGCGCCCCCGGACCUCGUCACCUGGUCGCUGGCCUCUUUCAUCCGAUCCGAGUUCUCGGCCGAUACGCGAGACGUGACUGUCUCGAUCCACACUUUGAAAUCGGCACCGUCAGGCGGCACAUUCACGACCUUCGUCACCUUCCUCGACAUGUACACCCUGGCCGACCUGCGCGCCGCCUACAAACCUUAUGCGCUGUCCCCGCUUCCGCAACCGACCUCCCCGCAAUCCCGCCCCGCAAAACCCUCCCUGCUCACCCGCCUCACGGGGCUGGUGACGGUGCCCGGGCUGGGCCUGCUCACGACCUCGAUCGCGUCGUCCACCGACGCGGCCAUUGUGCAGCGCACCUGGGGCCUGCUGGCCACGCUGCCAUCGCCGCGGCGCGAGCAGGCGUACGGCCCGCACUUCUCCUUCCGCGAGUACAUGCGGCCGCGCAACUGGCUGCACGGGAUCGGGCUCCACUUCGGUCUGGUGCUGCUGCGGUUGGUCAUGGUUUUGCCGUUGUGGUUGAGGCAAGUGGUGCUGCGGAGGUGGGGGCAUCCGCCGGGUGAAGGGCCGGAUACGGAGAGGGCUAAGAUGGAUGAGAUUGAGUACAGAGGUGUUGGGAGGGCGGAUCGACAGGGGGAGGGAGAGGAGAGGGCGUUUUGUAGGGCUUGGUUCAGGGGGAGUACCUAUUACCUGACGGGAAUCUUCCUUGCCGAGGCUGCUGCUACGCUUCUCCAAGAAGAUGUCAAGCUCGAUGGCGGCGUGUAUACUCCUGCUUGUCUGGGUCAGCCCUUUAUUGACCGGCUGGAUCGUGCUGGGUUUCAUAUCGAGACGAAGCGCUUGGACUCUUGAAUAGGUAAUGCCGCGGGAGAUGGAGACCAGGUUGGCGGCACUCCUGCUAAGCUGCAUUGAAUACUCGCUACAAACCCUAUAAUCGCUGUUGAAUAGAAUAAACAGCGCUACGUAUCAAUAGAUA